GAGGGGCGGGCAGGGAGCGGCGGGCCAGCCGGGGAUGGCGUCCAUGGCGGCGGCGAUCGCAGCCUCGCGCUCGGUCGUCAUGAGCGGGAACCGGCCUCUGGACGACCGGGAGCGUAAGCGCUUCACGUACUUCUCGUCGCUGAGCCCCAUGGCCAGGAAGAUCAUGCAGGACAAGGAGAAGAUCCGCGAGAAGUACGGGCCCGAGUGGGCGCGGCUGCCGCCCGCGCAGCAGGACGAGAUCAUCGACCGGUGCCUGGUGGGGCCGAGCGCCCCGGCACCCCGCGGCCCCGGGGACCCCGAGGAGCUCGCGCGCUUUCCCGGCCUGCGCGGGCCCACGGGCCAGAAAGUGGUGCGCUUCGGGGACGAGGACAUAACUUGGCAAGAUGAGCACUCUGCCCCUUUCUCCUGGGAAACGAGGAGUCAGAUGGAGUUCAGCAUCUCCGCCUUAUCCAUCCAGGAGCCGAGCGGCGGCCCCGCCAGCGAGCCCAGGCCGCCGUCCAAAGCCGCUCAGGGCUCGCAGGCCCUCCGGCCGCCCCAGGGCAGCAAGUCCUCCAGCCUGGACGCCCUGGGCCCCACCCGGAAGGAGGAGGAAGCGUCCUUCUGGAAGAUCAACGCGGAGCGGUCCCGCGGGGAGGGGCCCGAGGCCGAGUUCCAGUCGCUGACGCCCAGCCAGAUCAAGUCCAUGGAGAAAGGUGAAAAGGUCCUGCCGGCCUGUCACAGGCAGGACCCUGCCCCGAAGGACAGGGAGGCCAAGGCGGAGAGGCCCAGCCACCUGCGUCCGGAGCCGCGCGCCCUUCCCGGUGCCGCCGUCGAGCGCGAGGGGCCACAGCCCGUGCAGGCCGGCGCCGGCGCGCUGGAGGAGGCGGCCCCCUCCGCGCCCCUGGGCAGGCAGCCCUCCCCCAUGGCCGGCCCGGGGGACAGGGACGACGUGGAGGACGAGCUGUUCCCAGAACCCGCACCUGUACAGGUCAGCUCAAGCAGUGCCAUCUUGAAGACGGGGUUUGAUUUUCUGGACAACUGGUAAAAGGUGUUAAACCAAAAAAAAAAAAAAACCUCCACCAAAAACCAAGACCCCCCCCAAAUGUUUUCCAGAGUGGUGUGGCGGAGGACACCGAGUGCAGCAUUUCCUGGGUCAUUUUCUGGUUUCUGUACGCAAAUUUCUUAAUCUUUUGGAAACUGGUAAAUAUUGCCUUGUCCAGAUUCCCACAGUUUCCCCUUUUUGGUAAGACCAGAGAUAACAUGCUAUUUUCAAUGAUUUGAUAACAAGUUUUACAUUUGGGAUUUUUUAAGACUGUUGGAGCUCAGUCGAUCUUUGCAGAUAAAUCUUCCGUUCCAGCUGCACCCAGUUCCCCCCUCCUUGGAGAGAGGGUUUUCUCCACCAUGUCACCAAAAUUGUAGAAGUGAUUUCCACCCCCUCCUCCUUUAUCCCCUCCCUGUUUUUGAAUGUGUGGGGUCGCCUUGGAUGGGUGAUUGUCAGUGACGUGCUCAGCAGCGGUGACACCAGCGUGCUGGCUGUGACCGCGGAAAGGCUUGCUCCCCACGCACCCCACCCCACCCCACCCCACCCCGUGCUCCCAGCUGUCCGGGGCUUCCCUUGCUGAAGCCGGUUCUCGAAUCGCGUGCCGCCCUCCGCCCUGUGUCGUUUGCCGGAGGCGGACUGGGCACGAGGCAGAGGGCGUCUUUAAGCGGCCCUGGUCCUUAUCCAAACUACCCUUGUUUAAGAGUUGCAUGUUUCAGAGUUUUGUAUUAACUUUGCAUUAUUUUGUAUCUAGAUUUAGCAGUUGUAGGGCUACCACUUUUAGAAGUUCUUUGCUGCUCCUGUGGCCUGUGGGUGUCCCCUGUCCUGGGCACCUGCAGGAGGAAGGGCUGAUGGCAGGUGUCGCUGGCGGACAGGGCUCCUCGGACUAGUUGUGUUAGACCUCCCGGCGUGGGCCUGGCAGGGGCGCCUUCUUCCCGAGGACUGGUCCAGCUGUGUCACCGUGGCCCCUCCCCCAACCUGGACUGCCAGCGGAAGUGGAAGAGUCCGGCUUCUGCAUGGGCCCAGCAGCGCCUCCUGGAGGCCUUUGUGGUCAUAGCAACGGCAUCUCCCAGAGUCGGACUUCCUGCCCACUACUGCUCCGGUGGGGGCAGCCCCUGACCCCUGAGCUGCGGGAACCUGCAGGACACACCCAAGGGUGGUCUGCACGGCACCUCUCACUGUGUUCUCCUCACCCAACGCCUUAAUCCCAGUGAGUCCUGCCAGCGUGCGCCUGGUCUCAAUAUCAACGUGCACCUUUUUAAAAAAACGCCUCUUUGUUUCAUAGGACAGAUCUGAAAUGAUUUCCAGAGUAUUUUAUCUGGCUCCAAGGUGAAGCACAUGGCAACGUUCUUAUUUUUUCCAGGAAAGUUUCUGCCAAAGCUGUGGCUUAGCCAAUGUGUGGUUUGGUUCCUGCCAAUUGCUUAAUGUUCCGAAACCUCAUUUGGCUCCUUGGGGCACUGGAGUUGACCUUCCUCCUCUGGUGACUCUAUUAUGGCCAACGCAGGGGUUUUCUUUCCUGUACCAAUUAAGUAGGGUUGAACUCGAAAAGGGAAAACAGGUUUCUAGAGUGGUGGUGAGGGAAGGGAGCCUGGAAACCCCAUCUGGGGCAGCCCAGCAGGGGGCCGGCCCCUCGGGCCGGCUGCAGAGGCCGGAGCCUGGCUUACCCCUGCCUCUGCAGGGGCGGUGAGCUGUCUUCGAACCCAGGCCUGCGAGCAGGGUCCCUUCCCCACAAGGAGAUGUGCAGGUGUGUUUGUGUUCCUUGGCGUUGAGAGCAGGGAAGAUCUGUGUCCUGGGACGAUUAGGCCAACGGGAUCCGUCUGUUCUUCUGGGAGACCAUUCUAAUUUCCUUCCCACUUUCCCAUCGAGCCCACAAAUCCUGGAGGGAGUCCUGAAGUCCAGUUGUUUUGAUCUGCUUUCAGAAGUACAGAAACGUGGGAGAGAGAAGUGAAGGCUGGGAGGAUGCCGGCUUCUGGUCUGCAUCCUGCCUGACCUGGCGGGGAGGGGGCGGGGCUCCUUGUAACCAUGGCAACCUAUACACAAAGAUGGUUCCUUUCCCAUCCUCUUGGGAAUCUAUGUUCAGUGCAUCCAAAUAAGGAAAAAGUAAGCUCUUAUGUCCACCACCUUCCCCCCCACCAUGUAUCAGGAGUUUCCAUUUAUUAUUUUAAAAAUACUUUUCAGCUGCAGCCUCUAUGUUUUUGGAUUCCUGCCCCCCCUCCACCCCCUGCACCUGGGACUCACCUCGAGGAGUCAGUGUCUUGCUUUGGGUGAUUGUAUUUUGCAAAAUCUCUCCCAAGAGGUCAGAAACUAGUCUCAGUUCUUUCCCCUGGGGGUCUGCCCCCUACCCCCCACCGUCCCCCUGGCCUGGGAGGGCUGCCCUCGUUGGGAACAACGGGGGUUGCAGCCCCCACGUGGAUGUCUGGGGGGGGGCCUCCCUUUCUUGGCGCCUCUCUUUCUUUGAUACACGUUUUCAGAAAUGAAGAUUCCUACUGGCUACUUGUAACUUGGUUGUAUUUUAUAUUAAUAACCUUUAAUAAAGCCGUUUAAAAUAUU